GUCUUCUCGCGAGAGGACAGAUAUAGUCGCCCAGUCCUCAAUAAUGACGUGUGUUGUCAGUUCGACGUGAGAUGAAGCGAGUCGUGAUAUUCGGAAGUACAGGAGUCACCGGCCUCUGCUCUCUGAGGACCGCCGUAGAAAAAGGUCUGGAAGUGCGAGUUUUGGUAAGGGAUAAGAAUAAGAUUCCUAAAGAUCUUAUAGAUAAAGUUGAAGUAGUUGUUGGAAAUGUUACUAACGCGAAAGAUGUUGCAAAGACGGUAGCUGGUACAGAUGCUGUCGUAGUAAUACUUGGAACCGGGAAAGACUUAAGUCCUACUACUGUACUAUCUGAAGGCAUGCAAAAUAUAAUAAAUGCCAUGAAAGCGCAUAAUAUUGAAGUAGUCUCCGUAUGUCUAUCGGGAUAUUUGUUUUACGCGCUUGAAGAAACGCCUGCUCUGUAUAUAGAAGGGACCAAAGAGCAUCAGCGCAUGUUUGAUAUAAUCAAAUCAAGUGGCUUAAAGUGGGUGGCGGUAUUUCCACCAUAUAUUACAGGAGCACCAAAGUCCAAGUACACUGUUACAAUCGAUUCUGUACCUGGACGACUAAUUUCCAAACACGACUUGGGUGAAUUUCUCGUUGAAUGUAUUGAGAAUCCUGAUUAUUACCAAAAGAUAGUCGGCCUCGCAAACACAGCAUAAGACGUGUAGCAUUGUAAAGAUACAUGAAUAAUAACAUGCAUGUAUUUUUUUAGUAGAAAAAUAAAUAUGUAUAUUUAUGUAAA